AUGCUGACCAAAGCCGGUGGGACAUUACCCGAGAACGUCAUCGGUUAUUGCAUUUUCCAGGUUCUUGAAGGGCUCAGGGAUCUUCACCGAGACGGUUAUGUCCAUUGUGAUCUCAAGCCAGAGAACAUACUCAUCUUCCCAAGCUAUGCUCAUGAAGAUCUUUGCGAGCUCAAACUUGGUGACUUCGGUUCGGCUAAGGAACCCAAUGGACCUGAUCCAGUGGAUGGGUCUUUGUUUGAGGACAAUCCGGCGUAUUUGGCUCCUGAGGCGGUCAGGCCACGUGGAGUUAUCUCGUCGGCGGUUGAUAUCUGGUCCUUAGGUACCAUGGUGAUGGAGAUGAUGGGGGUUACUAUAAGAGGAAGGAGUGAUUACGUGCCGAGGACUCUAUCGCAGAUGACUAGGGACUUUGUGAGGAGAUGUAGAGAGCGGAAUCCGGGGGCUAGAGCCACUGCGGAGGAGCUCAUGAGUCACGAGUUUGUUAGACAAAGUCUUGGGGUUCCACCGCUUGAGCUGCUUCCAGUUCCUUCUUGCUUAAGUAAUGGAGUGGUUCAAGGAAGGCUUUUCUAG